CCCACCAAUGUCUGAGGGGGGAGGUGUUCGCGGGGUAAGGGAACAUUGAUCCAAGCGGCAGUUGCGAGCCGUCAGCGGUUCAAUGCACACAUGUAGUGGAAUCCACGUUCAAAUCUAUAGAUUCGGCACGAAAGUUGCUCUACUUAAUGUUUUGAUAGUUUUUACUGUAUUUUUUAAAAUGUCCAGAAAAACACAGCGUGUUGUACUUAAAAGCCAGGCAAGAGAAAUGAUUUCAAAAGUGUAUGAUUUCAUGAAAAAAGAAGCGACUAGUAAUUACGCAGAAAAACUCACUGACGCACGUUGGAGAACUGCACAGGCUGUUGGCGUAUCUGAAAGCACUGUGACUAGAGUUUUAAGGGAAAGAAGGAUAUAUGAAAUGAAGCAUAAUAUAAAACCUGCUACGGAAUCGAAUACAGCCGUGGUAAAAGAUGAAUCAGGUGCCACGGCAAGUACAAAUGAUGAAAAAGACCCGCUUGCGGAUGAAGAUACUGAUUCCGAAAUUGAAGCGAGUACAUCACAUGCUACUGCUAACCAGAGCACACGUGCUGCAAUGUUUACAUCGCCUAUGGAGAAGAGAAAGGUAAAACCAAGGAAAUUUAAUUUAGACGAAUCUAAUUUUGAUGCGAUUAGAAAAAUUAUUCAAAACUACUAUAAAGAACAUCAUGAAUAUCCAAAAUUGUCUGAGCUAAAAAAUAUUUUAAAAGAGCGUAUACAACUUGAUGCAUCUGUUUCAACCCUGAGAAGAUUGUUACAAACACUUGGUUAUUAUAGAUGGAGAAAAACUGUGGCUAGCAAAAAGGUGCAAACACAAAAACAAGAAUGUUAAGAUUAAAAUGUUUAAAACAAAAAUUGAAUCUACAUGGCAGUGUAUUAACUAUUAAGUAGAUCUUCGAUUUUUUUCUACGUGCCGAUAUUUAUUUUUCAACGAGACAUCUUUAUUUUCUCUAUGAAGACUUCAUUGUAUUAUAUUAACCAUGUUACUCUAAUGAUUGUUUAAUUGUAUUUCGCAAUAAAGUUCCAUUGGAUUCUU